AUGCGAUCUCUCGUGCCUUCCGCACCCACCCGGACACGGCAUGUGCCUGGCGACGCACAUUGUUGGCCAUCAAGACCCUCGCUAUGCACAGCCAAGCCCACGCACGUGCAGCAGCGACGGAGGGACCUGGCGCGCUCGCCGCCCCUGGUGACGCCCGCAGUCAGCGACAGCGGCGAAAGCAGCGGCGCCGCCAGCAGCAGCACGGUCGUGUCCCUCGACACGGGCGAGCAGGUAGAGCAGCUGUCUGUGCCACUGCUGGCGCGUUCAAACGAGUUGGUGCGCGCCGACCUGCGCUUCCCGCUGGGCGUCGUGUUUGAAGCCCGCGACAGCCUGGUGGUGGUGGCGGAGGUGACGCCGGGGGGCGCAGCAGACGACGCGGGCGUGCGCGUGGGCGACGUGCUGCGUGCCACCAGCGCCGCCAUGAUGCGCAUGACGUACCCCACGACACAGCUGCUGCUGGGAGGCGUGGGGCGGCCCAAGCUUAUGCGCGCCCUCGUGCCGGCCACCAAGUUUGCUUCGACAAUGGACGCGGUCCGGUCAAACAUGCAGCUUUCAGAUCAGAUCACUCUGUUCUUGGAGCGCCCUGGCGACGGGAGGGUUGACGGCACCAGCGACGGCAGCAGUGCAGGGGAGCAGCAGCAGCAAGAAGAGCAGACCGAGCAGGAUGCCAGCGUGUUUGACUCAAGUUUGUUUGACGAGUAA